CUGGAAAGACCUUUGUAAGGUCAUUCGCAGCCAAUCGAGUUCGUCGUAUUAGUAGUAUCAUAGGGUAGUGUUGUGUUAAAUUAUCAGGAAGCGGCAUUUAAUCCGGAUUAGUGACUUCCUUAUAAACCAAAAAAUAUUGAAUCUAGGAGACGCAGGAACGAAUGUAAUUUAUCUAGUGGUGAACACUUGCGUGUUUUGAUUAAAAGAAGCAUUCUAUCGGGUGAUUGGAUUAGUCAAUGGCUAAUCCUCAUGAGUUGGAGAAAGAUGCCGAUUGGUUCAAAAGACUUGCAGUGUGGGAAGAGUCUCGGAAACAAUACAGAUCUGCUGUAUUUUACUACACUGAAGCUGCUCAAGCACUCUUGAAUUCUUUGGAAGCAGGCUCAAAAACUGAAGGUUUAUUAGAAUUAGCCCAGAAUUACAACAACAAAGUGAAAGAACUCAAAUCAAAAACUGUAGUGGAAGAUACUUCCAUACCGAACUCUCAUAUUUCUAAAAGCAAAGCUGAUUUUGCAAGGGCUCUUUUCUUACUGGAUGAUGGUACUACGGAAGAUGAAAAAGGAAACUUCCACAAGGCUUUUGAGCUCUACACAUUGGCUGUAGAGUUAAUGUUAUCCAUAAAACGUGAUGUCCAGGAUCCCUCUUUACUUAAAUCCAUUGAAACAUUUUCCAAAAGGGGUUUAGAUCGGGCAGAAGAAUUAAAGGCAUAUGUUCAAAGAACACAGCCUCCUUGUUCUGAUUCCCGUUCUUCUUGUAGCACUUUAACAUCAGGAGCAUCUAAGAAAUCCCACGGUUUUCAUAAACCCAAUAUGUCUUCGUCUUUGAAAGGAGACCCUGGCGGUUUCACUGUCGAAGAACUGGAGGUAUUGAGAUCCACGUCCGUUAUAAAUGGUCGUGAGUAUUUACCGUUUCUUGACGCCCUUGAUCUACAAGAACGAUUUUCCUUUGCUAAUCCUUUUGUUGAUAAAGAUGGACUUUUAGCACUGUCAAAUAAACAGAAAUCUUUACUUAGCCGUUGGGUACGUCCUUCUGAUUACAUUAAUGGACCAAAAAUGAUUUUGGCAAUAUCUUGCUUUUCUAUAUGCCAAACUGUAGUUACUGAUUGUUCAUUUGUCGCAUCGAUGGCGAUUGCUGCUCAAUAUGAACGACGUUUUAAAAAAAAGCUCAUUACAAAUGUUAUAUAUCCUCAAGGCAUAACUAAUGAAGCUAUUUAUAAUCCAUGUGGAAAAUACAUGGUUCGUUUAAAUUUCAAUGGAGUUCCACGAAAGGUAAUUAUAGAUGACUUUUUGCCAAUGGGAAAGGAUGGAAAGCUGCUAUGUUGUUAUUCAAAUAAUCAAAAUGAAUUAUGGGUAUCUUUAUUAGAAAAAGCUUAUAUGAAAGUGAUGGGGGGAUAUGAUUUCCCAGGAUCAAAUUCGAAUAUUGAUCUGCAUGCAUUGACUGGUUGGAUUCCUGAACGUAUCUCCAUUCGAUCUAGUUCUACAAGUUUUGAUAAAGAUAGAGAAUUUCGUCGUCUUUUAAGUCGAUUUCAUAAAGGUCACUGUCUAGUUACAAUUGCAACUGGACAGUUAUCCGAUGAUGAAAGUGAACGAUCAGGUUUAGUUCCAACUCAUGCUUAUGCUAUGUUAGAUAUACGUGAGGUGGAGGGUUAUCGUUUAUUUUUACUGAAAAAUCCAUGGAGUCAUAUGCGUUGGAAAGGUAAUUUCUCUGAGCGUGAUUCAAAACACUGGACCCCCAGUAUGCAAGCUAAGCUGAAUUUUGAUAGAUCAUCUGCACAGUUAAUUGAUAAUGGUGUAUUUUGGAUAGAUUAUGAUUCUUUAUGUCAUUUCUUUGAUGUAUUUUAUAUUAAUUGGGAUCCAGGACUAUUUCAAUAUACUACAUGUGUUAAUGAUUGUUGGCUUGCUGGAUCUGGACCAAAGAAAGAUUCUUACGCUAGUGCUGAAAAUCCACAGUAUAAUUUGGAAGUUACUGCCCAAACUGAAUCACCUAUAUGGGUGCUUUUAACAAGACAUAUUGUAGAUAAAGCAGAUUUUGCCGAAAACAAAGAAUUCAUUGCAGUGGUUGUUUACAAAGAUGUCAAAUCUCGUAAAGUCUAUUAUCCUUAUGAUCCUGCACCAUUUUGUGAUUCUGUACGUAUUAAUAGUCCACAUUGUUUAGUUAAAAUGCUUCAAGAUCCUGGGACAUGUAAUUACAUUCUUUUGAUUUCACAAUAUGAGAAAUCAAUAACAAUUUAUUAUACAUUACGUGUAUAUUCAACAGCACCAUUUACCUUGUCAAAAAUCAAAGAUCCCUAUACUAUAUCAAAACAAAUUACUGGUGAGUGGAAAGGAUCAAAUGCUGGUGGCUGCAUAAAUGACAAAGAAAGUUAUAGAACUAAUCCACGAUUUGAAAUUAGUGUACCAAAUAAUAACUGUGAUAAUCAGCUUUUGAUUGAAUUGCGUGGACCAAGAGAUUAUGCACUGGGCUUAGAAUUAAUUCGUAUAUCUGCUACAAAUGAUCAAGCACCCAAUCAGCAAAAUCGAUCAACUACUGGAGAUUACAGAAGAGGAUAUGUUGUUCUAGAACAAGCUGGUCUCUCUGGUGGUGUAUACAAUGUAAUUGUUUCCACUUAUCGACCUGGCCAAGAAGGACCAUUUAUCCUCUCGAUUAAAUCUAUAAGUAAUUUUACAAUAACCCCCAUAUGAUGAAGAUAAUGAAGAACAUUACCAUGUCUCAUUGUCAUCAUUACUCUGUUUUCUUUGAAGUCUUACUUCCGGAAAUUCAGAAAGAGUAUUUUUGAUGCGCUUUGUUUUUUAUUUAUAAAAAAAGUACUAAAAUGAAUAUCCAGUUUAUAAAAUAUUCAAUCUUCAACUUCUGUUUGGUCAAAAUGAAAUAGUUCAAACUUGUUGCUUUUCAGUAGUCAAUUAAUAACCUAAAACCUCACGCAAAUAAUAUGAAUCGAUUCCAGUCACUACAUCAUACCAGGAUGGAAUUAAAUUAACAAGAUGAAUUACUGACGUUGAAGUGGAAAAAACUGUACGUAAAAAAUAUGGUCUAAUUGUGAAUUCAACAUUAUAUAUAUCGUCGGUAUAGAAUUGUAGAGGUUGCUGAAUUUUAUUGAAAUCAAACCGACCAACGUCUCACAACUAUUAAAACGCUAGGAGCACUGAACAACUGUUUUUUUCCUAGGAUGGGGCUUCCCAGCCUUGCGUGUCCAUAACUUCACAACGGGAAUCAAGUCCGGGACCCUCGUGCGCGGAUGUUUACCUCUAGACCACAAAGUCGUGAUCAAAUGGUGUUCAAGUUUAACUUCAAUAAAUCCACAAUAUUGUGCGACCAAACAUCAUUGGGUUCCAGACCAAUUGUCUAGAGCUAAGGCAUUCGCGUGCGAGAACAGUUCCAGUUGUCAAUACACUGCUGACGUGCCUCACACUAGGACGGAAAGUUCUAGAUUUUCAAUACCAGUUUAACCUGGAUUGGUUCGUGAUCUCAAUAGAGAAGAUUAAUUCGUUUUUCGGCCCACCAACAGGUCGUUCUCAUUGUGUUAAUCAGACCAAUAACGUCCACCAUAACCAGUAGCACAGUGACUGCCAACAACUGUAGGAAAUUACUAAAAUUAUUUCUCUCCUCAGCUCCUGUCUGUUAUGACCAAUCAUAACACGAAAACUAACCUAAAAUAUCUUUUAUUAUGGCCCACAAAAUUAUAUAGAGAUUUUAUGAUAAGAUUGGAUCUAAAAUACGUACGAAUCAGAUUUUCCUGAUAAGAUACAGGAUCUGUGCGGGAUCAUUACAAAAUAAUCUUACCUUUAAACAUUAUGAGUUUUAGUGUUUUGCUCACGUAGGACAAACUGAAUAGAACGAAUAAAACAGCGAAAACGACUGAAGUGGCUAGCUAAAUACCAUGUUAGAUUAUAGUCUAUUCCACAAUUAGAUGAUAUAUUUAAGGAUGAUUAGCACAACAAUGAUAGUCGACAACUGUUUGAGACGGGUAGGUUUCAUGAGGACGCAGCUCGAAACUAAUCUCAAUAACGUAAAUGUAUUUAUUUUAACAAAUAACGACUCAUUUGUUUUAUUCCACGCAGCCAUACAGUGUCACAGCCUACACACAAAUCAAGCGACUUGUGUGGCGCAUAUGUAUUCGAUGCCCCUUCUUAACAAUAUUUAUGUGUUCAAAUAAAAUAAAAUUAUUGUCUCUUGUGAUUUACUAAAUAAUUCAUCUGACUACUUGAAGGUAGCAAACUUGUUUAUCCCAAAGUAUUUUCAUUUUAGUACACAAUUUCCCAUUAUUUUAUAGUUGCACUAAUAAUUUAAAUAUAGCCGCGUUUCCUAAAAUUAACAAAGUAUUUAGAAGUGUCCUGAGAACACAUAGACUUAACACUCGCUGAUAUUUUUAAGGGAAACUAUAAUUAAAGAACCAAAAUGAAACAAUUUAUCCCUUUUUUUAAAGUUUUAAUUCUAAUAAAUAUGUAUUCUGGAAUAUGCUAAAUGUUAAGACCACUGUGCUAUAGUAUCAACUAGUUGACUGGAAAAAUUUCUGAGGAACUGCGUGCUUCCUUAUUUUUAAGUCUUCGGGGUCGCUUUGAAAUUAAACAAUGUUUCAUUCAUCUGAAUCCAAGAAUUUACGAUUAUAAAAUGGAAUCCGAGUGCAUAUCGUUUUCCAAUCGGUAAUAUAAACGAACAGCAUACCAGCGGUAAUGGUCCAAGCUGUAGCUGGUCGGCGCCUGGUAAUGUAAGUACUUGAUCAAUAUUGUGCUUACCAUUUCUUCGCAAAACUCAUUAAGGGAAUAACUGCGUCCCUUGAGUAUUUUAUAUUUGCCAAAAGUGAGUCCAUUUCUAAUGUAUCCCAAGAAACGUACCUGAUGUAUUACCUAGAAAUAAAGAACAUUAAAGGUGUGAUAGCAAAAACUAUGAGUGGGAUAUUUUUUUAGUACCUUUAUCUGUAAGAAAAAGGAACAGCACAAAACUAAUAACCAUACAGUAGGUAUUUCAUUUGCAAAUUACUCAUUAAUUGUUUCGGACAUUUUGUUCCUUUUUUCAUACUAAUCACUCUGUUCUCGUUCUCCUCUUUUCGAUCUUCUCAGCCUUUUGCCGCCAGGCAUUCUACUUCUGAUUAGUGACACCACAUAUAUAUCGACAUCAGUAGCACACAUCGGAGUAUGACUGAAUUUAAGAAACAUUUUAAAACUUAUGCAGAAAAAAGCUAAGAUAUUGAGAGGGCUUAUAUCUAUUCAUAUCUGAUUGUACGAACCAACACUGAGGUUUCCUAUUUUUGCUCGUCUCACAGGAACUACAAUUAAUAAAAGAAUCAACCAAGUUCCACAUACAACCACUUGAACUUCGGCGCGAAAUUCACUCGUCUAUAUGGAUUAACAGUGUUCCAGCAUAAUGGCUGUUAUCAAUUCGUAAAGACCUAAUUCUAAUUUCUAACCGUGAUUCAUAAUGCUAACUUUUCACAUUAACUUAUGAUCUCAUUUUAAACAUGGAAAGCCCAAAUGCCACCCAUAAAUUAUAUCGUCACUUCUAACCUCAAAGUUGUCAAUGAAAGCAAAACUUUGCACCAAAAAAGAAGACGUGUAACGAACACCUCCCAGCUAUUGAUCUCGUAAACUGUGAACCCACUUCUUGUAAAUAUUUCUUUAAAACUAUAAUUUUGUAAAUGCAGUAUGUGUUUAAAUGCUUUUUGUGAUGGAAGUAAAGAACAUAGGUACUUGGGC